ACGUGGGGUUAGCAUAUGCAAGGGAGGGGAAAAGGAGUUGGUUUUCCUCACUCUCUUACUCCCCCCGCCCCUUCGCCGUUAGUGGUGACGCCCGUACGUCGGGUUAAAAGCGACCUCCUCGUCGCUCGCCACAUCCUAAAACAGAAGGUCGGGACGGGAGGCUCGAGAGUCUUUUUGCGCGUCUGCGAAGUGGGGUCCCCGCGUGGCUGUGUCGCUUCGGGGGCGCAGCCGGCAUCAUGCUUCUCAAAAUCAAGUGGAGCCUGAGGAUAUAGUCCCAAGUAUCAGCGGCUCAGGAAGGAACUCGAAAAGGAGUUUCCAGGCAAGCUGGACAUAAGUGGUGAAGGGACUCCUCAGGUCACAGGAUGGUUUGAAGUGACAGUAGCGGGGAAGCUGGUGCACUCCAAGAAGAAUGGAGACGGCUUUGUGGAUAAUGAUGCCAAGCUAUACAAGAUAAUCACUGCCAUCAAGGCAGCCCUGGCGUAAGGAUGUACUGACACCUUGGGGCAUAGCAGAGUUUGAAGAAAAAUCUGCUUUGUUCACCUUGGCCGAGCGCUUGAUGACAGGAACCGCUGAAAUGUCGCCCGACGCAUGGCAGUUCCUUGAAGACCUUUGCGUAGGAUGCCAACUUGAGCAAAGCUUGAUGGGGAAUUUGAGCUCUAAAUAAGAUUUACUUCAACACAUGUAUGUGGAACCAGGCUCGACUCUAAAGCUGCAACUCUUAAGUGUGUGUGUGUGUGUGUGUGUGUGUGCACGUGUGCGUGCGCAAGCAAUGCAUGUAUGUGAGCUUGGCUUCCUCUGACAUUCUGGGCAAUGCCUUAUACAAAUGAUAUUCUUAUCCAGGAUUACUGUGGAAGCCCCCCACUCCACCCCCACCCCCCAAAAAGCCUGGGUGCCUGGUCUGUGGAAUAUCCUCAAAUGCCUUAUGUGAAAUGGUAAACUAACAAAUGCUUCCAAUUUGUGAUGGAGUCCAACUUUCCUGGGGGGAAAACCAUGCUCUUGGAGCAACAAUCUCUACAGAGUCCUAAAGCACAAAACUUAAGAAUUCUCCCCCCAACAUGUUGUAGGAUACUUUGGCUUCCCUAUUCCCAUUUCUGACUACUCUGUUGUAAGAUUCUUCUUGUUGAGUUUGAGCAUCUAAUAAAACACUACAUUUAUUAACAAAAUAAAA